UGGAACCCAGCCUACUUUUGAAUACUCUCGUUUCUAUGGUCGCGUUGCUUAGCAACGCGAACUUCAAAACAAACAGUGAAAGAAAGUUCAAAAUAUUACUGAUUAAUAAUUCAAUUUCGUUUGAAACAUGGCAGAACCAACAGAAAUGGAUCUAUUGGAAGCUGUUAAAGAAUCUUUACACAACGAUGGAACACUUGGAAAGUUCAAAGCCGAACUGAGAGCUGCUGUUAUGUCGAUCUUAAAUAAAAACCACGUCUCGAACGAACCCCCUAAGAUUCCAGAAGAAACGAAACUUAUCAACGAGCUUAUGAGGGAAUACAUGAUAUGGAAUGGAUAUUUGUACAGCGAGCAGAUCUUCACUGCAGAAUGUGGUCACAGCAAAGAGAGAUUGGAAAGAGAUGUUUUAACCACAAAAUUGGGUGUUAUUGACGACGCUAAGACCUCAAAAAUACCGCUACUGUAUUAUAUAGUUUCUGCGUUUCAAAAUCAACAGGAAUGAAUGGACCACAGAAGGAAAUAAAUCAAUCAACAUAUUUGUC